AUGGAGGCCGACGCCUCUAUGCACAUGGGCCUUUUGUUCGUGGCUUUGUUUGGAGUCUUCGGCGACCUUGCGAGAGUUAAGGAUGAAGGCUCUAAGAUGUGCUUUUGUGUUUCCGAUGCCAUCCAGUUCGUACAACAGAAGUGGCAUUGUGCGGAGAUUGCAAGGCUUUUGGGGGAAACUGCGAGCGUUUUCCAUACAGCCUCGGCAUGCUUGCGUUGCAUGGAUGUUUCUACGGGAGACAUCCCCCGUCUGGCCCUGCCAGACAUGCAUGUUGCAUGCGAAGAUCACGAACCCCUGGACUGUGACAGCUGGCUGGAACAAUCGUGCGCUGGAAUCAAUUGGAAGAACAGAUUGCGACAAUUGGUGAUGGCGUUCGAGUUUUUACAAGAGCUCUGCUCAGAUGAGCAUCUUGAUGCAACGUGGCGCAAGAAGAUUAAGGCAGUCAGGACGAUCAUCCAGGAUGUUGUCUUCCCCAUGGCCGUGCGAGUGAACCUGAUGAUUGCACGUGGAGAGCAUGAAGCUCUGCAUGCGUGUCGGCAUAUGAGAUUCACGAUGGAAUGCCGUGCGGUCUCGGUCGAUGCUUCUUUCAGAGAGCCCGAAAAUGAGUGGCUUUUCAUGGCUUAUCGGCAGGCACACUUUGCUCGGUUGCCGGAGAAGAGGCAGUUUGAGAACUGCUUGGCACGCCUGCUGGAGAUCCAUGCCGAUAUGUGUGCUGCCGACGACAAACAAGCAUGGAUCAAAACUGAAGCGGCGAAGGUGUACGAAAUGCUCAGGCGGCGCCGGGACAAAGCUCGAGUCCUGAGGAAGCGGAAGGCAAAUGCUCUGCGCGACGAUGCACCGCAAGGUGUGAAGCAGGAGUUGGAUUCCGACAAGGGCCUCGCUUCCGAUCUUGAUUAUGAGGCCGAGAAGGCCCACGAGGAUGCCAUGGCCGAUGCUUUGGAGGAGCCGCUGUUUGGGCCGGUGGUCGUGGAUGAUAGCCAGGGCCAGUGUCAUAAUCCUUUGUGCUCCCUUGGCUAUGCUGCUUUGGCGUUGGACAUAAUCCUUUGCGUGGCAAUGCAUGCUGCUGUGGCUAUGCUAGCUGCUUGGUUGGAUCGACAGAAUCCUUUGCGUGGCAAUGCGCUGCUGUGGCUAUGUUGGAUAAUCCUUUGGGUGGCAAUGCGCUGCUGUGGCUAUGCUGCUGCUUGGCGCUCAUGGAAGUACUAUGCCCCGGAUGCUGGUGACCUCGUGGUGUUCAAGGGCGACUCCAUCACCGACGAGAUCGAGGAGACUGUGAAUGAUGACGAUUUGGAGCUGAACAAGGAGAUCAUGGGUGUGACCAUGGAAUCGAACAAUCCGACGUUCAAAGCUUUGAAGAGUAUUUGUGGCCCCAAGCUUUUGGAAAAGCGGAAACGCAAAGGACCAGCAGCGCCAGCGCCGGAGCCAGGCCAGAAGAUGGACGAGUUGGAGACCCAGCCGCUCGGGGGUUCAGGACGCCUUCCCCGACCCCCCGAUGCACCUCCAUUCCUGGGCGCCAUCAUUGCAGAUCUGGAAUCACGGGCUACAUGCAUAUUCGACCCCACGCUGCAGUUCAAGAAGCAGUUCAGAGCACAUUGUAAGAAGAUGGAUGGCAGCACAGGAGCUGAUCUCUUAGCUGCCCGUGAAACAGAGAAGGCUGAUGCCCUGGGUGCGGUGGAGCCCGAUGAUGAGCUGGAUCUGGAGAAGGAGCUUGAAAAAGAGAUGAGCCAGAUGGAUGAUGACGGCGAAGACGAGCAGUACGCCCGUCAAGUGUUGACGGAAAGCCUCAAGGAGAAGGAGCCCUCGGCAUCCAGUGGACAAGCGUCCAGUGGACAUGCGACCGAG